UGUUCCUUCUGUUCCAUGGUAGCCAUGGAAACCUUUCAAAACAACAACAUUCGUUUUCCAGUGUAGAAAACGAAUGAUAUCUACGGGUUUCCAAAUACUUUAUCAACGUAAGUUUUGAUAUACGAAGAGAAACACGAUGGACGAGAGGCCUUCAUCAAACCUAAGCUUGAGAGCAUCUGAAAUCGUGAAAAAUGUACUGGAGAACGCACGCGGUGCCCUCGGCCACCAGCAAGUGGUGGAAGACUCCACCGAAUACGAGUUUAGAAACAUAGAAUGGAUAACUUGCAAGGACUUUACAAUUGAACUGGGGAAAGUGCGAAUCGAGGAGUACAUCCACACAUGGGAGGUGCACACCAGCUGGCUUUUUAGCCUAGUAUUCCUCGAGGAGACGGAUCAUGAGUUUCACAAACAGUACCACUACCGGGCACAAUGGAGCAUCCCUACCCGACGCACCCCGAUCCCCAAGGCGACUGCCAGUGUCUACUUUGUCAUUGUGAUUUCCAAGAUCAAACCUCAGACUUUGCCCGUGGAGGUGUACUUUCUAGUGGAGUCGAACAGGCUGACACACAGGCCAGAAACGAGGUUCAGGGAGAAGUGGCUGAAAGACGUCAUCGAGAGCAAAACGUUGCUCCAGAAUACUGUCGACUUUUAGCAAUGUAAACAUUGGAAUGGACAGCUAACGUUUCUGUGGCGAAUAUUCAUCUCGUAUGAGACACCUAA